AUGGCGGCCAUGAGUGUCAACGGCGGCCCCGACGGCACGCCCGUCAUGGGCAACAUGGCCCGCCCGCAGCGCCCGCCCAUGGACCCGCGCGAGCAGCUCAACACGUACAUCUACGACUACUUCCUGCGCAACAAGCACGUGCGGCUCGCGCGCGCCAUGGUCGAGUGCGACAUGAAGAUGGCCACGUCGCCGCCGCUGAAGCCCAGCCCCAACAACCGCGCCAACGGCGUCGACGCCAUGGACGAGUCGGCCGACGACCUGCCCAACCCGCAGCUGCCCAAGGGCCAAUUGGCCGACGACUCGUUCCUGCUCGACUGGUGGGUGCAGUUCUGGGACAUCUACCAGGCCACGAGCAUCCGCGGCCUGAACUCGAAGAGCUCGCAGUACAUUGCCCACACCCGGAACCUGACGCAGAUGCAGAACGACCAGCGCAACUCGCGCAUGCUGAUGACCAACCCCAUGAACGCCCAGUACCAGAACAUGAUGCGCUCCAACAUGGCCAACGGCGUCGCCUCCAACGACCUGAAGCGCGCCGCCGCCAUGAACAGCCGCAACCCCAACGCCAACCCCAUGGCCAACAUGGGCCAGAUGAAGAACCCCGCCAUGAUGGCCGCCCACAUGCAGCGCGACGGCUCCGGCAUGGGCAUCAACGGCCAGAACCCCCAGUCGCCCGGCUCCAACGACAACGCCCCGUCGCCGAACAAGCGCGCCCGCGUCGAAGGCGGAAUGAUUGCCGGCAACAUGCCAGGCGGCCAGUUCAACGAAUUCGCGCAGCAGGCCCAGCACGCGCAGCAGAAGAACAUCGAGGUAUACGCCCAAAGUCUGGCCAAUCAACACAGAGUAGCACUCAAUAACACUGCUUCUCCCCAGGCUAUGAAUUCUGGCGCUCAGGGCUCUCCCAUGAACCAGCAGGGCCUGGACGGCCAGCAUGACAUGUUCGCUGGCAACCCCUCGCGCCCCGGCCCCGGCAUGCCCGCCAACGCCCCCGGAGCCCCGCCACAGGGCAACCACGCGCUCCAGGACUACCAGAUGCAGCUGAUGUUGCUCGAGCAGCAGAAUAAGAAGCGCCUGCUCAUGGCACGUCAGGAGCAGGACAACAUGUCCGGGCCCAAUCAGCAUGCCGUUGGCGGGCCAGGCUUUGCACCUAACAUGUCGCCGCAAGGAAGCAGAGCGGGCCCCUCGCCCAACCCAGCAGACCAGAUCAAGCGAGGGACACCGAAACUCAACCAGCAGGGCCUGCCAACCUCGCCCAUGCCAGAAGGCGUCAUGCCCCAGCGUAACUCACCGGCUCCUAACAUGAACUUUGACCCACAGCUGGCGCCCCCAGGAAUGCCCCCACAGUUCUUCCCGAUGGGAGCACAGAACAACCCCAUGAUGAGGCCGCCCAGUUCGCAUCCUGGCCCGUUUGUCAAUGGCCAGCAACUAACACAACAGCAAAUGGAGGCUGCCAUGCGCGCAGCGGGUCCUAUGCCCAACGGUGUAUGGCGUGGCCCACCGCAGCCGGGGAUGAUGCCACAGCAGCCAAUGGGAGUCAUGGGCCAAAAUCCACAGCGAAUCCAGAUGCCACCGCCUCCAGCACCCACCAACGAACCCCCCCGACCCGAACCGUCUCCUUCGCAGUCUAACCAAGCGCCACCGACACCAAAUCAGGGGAACAAGGCUGGGCCCAAGAAGAAAGGCGGCAAAGAUAACAAGAAGCCGACAAAUAAAAAGGGCGGCAACACUGGUGCCACACCAGUAGCCUCGGCUGGCGAGGAGGCUCCCACACCAACAGCAUCGACUCCAGUCGCGCCCAUCACGCCACAGCACAAGCAGUCAUUCAACCAGGGGCCAAACGGCCAACCGCAACAGCAACCCCUCCCACUGCAACAACAGCCCAUGGACAACAACAUCCCCCCAUUCGGCAACAUCGAAGACCCCAACAGCCUAGACCUCGGCUUCAACUUCACCGACGACUCAGGCGCCCUCGAAAACUUCGACUUCGACUCCUUCCUCCACACCGACGACGCCGGCGGCGGCGGUUUCGGCCUCGGCGCCGAAUUCGACUUUGGCAACCCCGUCGAGGCGGGGGGCGGCGAAUUGUAG